AUGUCAGGCGACCACGAAAAUUGUGACAAAAUCGAAAAUCCGCUCAAAAAUUGGUCAACUUGGACGCAAGAAUGGCGAAAAGUCCAGGCAAACAUCGCCCGGAAAUUACACCGCGAGCCCGGAAACCUCCUCGUGAACUACUCCGAAGGUCUCCGCAGCAUCAACGAGGAAAAACAAGCCCUCGACAGCGCAAAAAUCCCGACGGAAUUCGACAAAUACCGGGGAAAGCCCGACUUUUGGCACCUCCCUUUUGCCCUCCCCCGGAAACACCCCUGUUGUCCGUGCGAACCUGAUUAUUUCGCCGUGAAAACGAAACAAGAGGGGUACGAAAUACCCCCCAUCGAGCACAAAGGGGUACCGACUGUAAUUCGAAACGAAAAAAAUAUUUUAAACGGGACGCGCAACAUUUAUAAGCGCUGGCAAAAUAGCCAAUACCGUUACGAGCAAUUUAUUAAAUGGGCGGAGAAAGUCGCGCACAUCGUCCCGCAUUGGCCCGAUUUGCAACACUUGGUUGUGAUUGGCUCAAAAAUUGCAAACGAGGAGAGUGGGGAUCAUGCGGACGUAGCGAGUGAAACGACAAAAGUGAGCGAAGUUGGAAUAGAAGAACCCAUGAUGGGAGUUGCAAACGAGACGAAACGUCUCGAUUUGAAAAUUAACGGGCUCGAUGUGGGACAAGAACACGACACGAGGAAAAUUUGGCUGAAUUUCGAGUUUGAUAUUUCGGGUGAUGAGGCAGUUUCCCAGUUUCUAAUCUUUGAUAAUUGCGGUUUGGCAACAUUGAGAAUUAGUUUUGAAAAACUGGAAAAGUUUCGUUUGUUUCGGGAAGAGCCGAGGGAAAGUUUCAGGUUUUAUUUUGACCGGAAACAAGUCGUGAUUUUGCCCGGAAUGAGGGCGGAAAUCCCGAUUUGGUUCAAAACGGACCGGCCAGGGACGUAUUCGGAAAAUUGGGAAAUUCGCACUCAACCGGCCCUGUGGAGCGACGAUUUCCGCGUAAUUUUGGUGUUAAAUGCGUACUCGUGUUUCAAAAACUUGCAACAAAAAAUUGACACGACCGUGAAAUUAAUUGAAAUCAAAGCUAGGAAUUUACUAAUUAAAAAUCUCUUGGAUGAUUGCUUGAAAACGAUCCAGUAUAAGGAGACUCCGCCUAAAGUUUGCGUUUACGGAGAGAAAGAAUUAUUCGAACUUGCGAAUUUUUCAAUGGGACGACCACAAUUCAUCUACGACGAAAAACUUGUAAAAGAACUGAACCAAAUUUACGAUCGAGUCAAGUCGGGAGAAGAGAAGUGGGACUUUUCCAUUCGUAGUUUAACAAAGUUAGCACAUCGUAAAGAUACGAUUAUUUACCUUGAUAAUAAAAUGCUAGAACUGGUUGAACACAUCUUAAAAAUUGAAAAGGGGGCUCAGGAACCCCCCAAAAAAAUUGAAACCAAAGUAAAGGAAAAGAAACAGAAGAAAAAGAAAGACAAGAAAUCAGACAAAAAAACAAAAUCAAGUAAAUCAUCGACGUCGCAACCCGUCGAAGAAACCAAACCGGUGGUUAAACCCGAACCGUUCGAAUAUUCAAACCAAGCCCAGGUUUGGGACGUGGUCCGAAAAUUCGAUUCCCCCGUCAUUAUUAACACACAAAGGGAGAAAUACUUGACGUGUCACUCUAUUCUGAGUGCCUAUUUUGGUAAAAUGUGCCACUCGUUAAACGAACUUGAACUUGAAAUUGGUUUGAACUCAACUAGAACUUAUCCACGCGUCAAAAACAGGCUUUUGCCGACCAAUGAACUUCCGGAGAGAUUGGUCUAUGAGUAUUUUGAGCAUCAUUAUAUUCCUACUGUUCCGCUAAGGGAGGUUUAUCCAUACGAUGCGAAAAAAAAGCCGAAGGUUUUGAGACAUGUGCCGAGUGACGACGCUGAGGCGUUGUAUACGAUUUAUUUUAACAAAACUAUUGGUGAAGUAGACAAGAAGAAGAAAGGUAAAGGCGGUAAAGAAAAGAAGAAAGGUAAAGAGGAUAAAGAAAAGAAGAAAGGUAAAGGUGAUAAAGAGAAGAAAAAGAAAGAUAAAGGUGAUAAACACAAGGGUAAGGAUAAAGGGAAGAAAAAGAAGAAGGUCGAGUCGAGGGAGAACAUAAAAAAGGAGAUUUCAAUCGAAAGUUUCAAUCCGUAUAAAGAACAGUUUGUCUAUUUUUCGGAAAGUGAGGACGAAGUGGUCGACAAUGCGGGAGUCAAGAAAAGGGAUUUGUCGAAAGAAGAGUUGAAUGAUUAUAAAUAUAAACAAUAUCUCAUUGUUUACUCCUCUUUGGGGAAUGCUGUUGAUGCCCUUGUUGACACUUUAGAGUCGUUUAAAUAUGUCGUUUCGUACCCGACGUUGAGCGAAGUUAAAUCGCAAGACGAAAAACAUUGA